AUGAGCACUUUCACUCUCGCUUUGCUUCUUUUCGUCACCAUAUGGAGCUCACGAGUAGCAGCAUUAUCAUCUACUGACAAUUUUCUUGAAUGUCUGCACAAAGAAUUCAACAACUACUCUUCCAUCUCCAACAAAGUCUACACCCCAAUCAACGCUUCUUACUCUUCCACCUUGCGUUAUUCCAUCCAUAAUCUGAGAUUCGUGUCGGAUUCCACUCCAAAACCCUCCGUAAUCGUCACCCCGGAACAUGAAUCCCAGAUCCCGCCGCUCCUUUGCUGUGCCAAACUGAGCGGUCUGCAUAUCAGAACUCGAAGCGGCGGACAUGACUACGAAGGGUUGUCGUCUUACGCAUCACAAGUCCCGUUUCUGAUCCUCGAUUUGAUCAAUCUCAGGGAGAUAACAAUCGACGUCGAGAACAAAACUGCUUGGGUUGGCGGCGGCGCUAUCAUCGGCGAGCUGUAUUACAAGAUCGCGGAGAAAAGUCCGGUGUUAGGCUUUCCCGCAGGAAUCGGCCCUGCCGUAGGCGUUGGCGGGCAUUUCAGCUCUCUACUUUGCUUGUUUCCUUUGCCAUGGCUUCUAAAAUAA